GAUAUAAGUUAUGCAUUUAUGUAUAUGUAAUUCCUGUAGCUCAACUGGUGCUAGCAACAUCAACGUCAUGGGUUUGAUUUCCAGGGAACACAUUCAAUGCACUGUAAAUUUACAUUUAUGCAUUUGGCAGACGCUUUUAUCCAAAGCGACUUACAGUGCCCUUAUUACAGGGACAAUCCCCCUGGAGCAACCUGGAGUUAAGUGCCUUGCUCAAGGACACAAUGGUGGUGGUUGUGGGGAUUGACGCUUUGGAUUAAAGCGUCUGCCAAAUGCAUAAAUCUAAAUGAUAUCUGCAGACAUAAACACUUUCUCAGUUUUAGAGCUUUUAGACUUUGCUUGUCUUGUGAUGGCUGUAACUGCACCUGACAGACAGUCACAUGAUGCUUCACUGUAUGAGGCCUUUUAAUGGAGUUGAUUUGACAUUCUGUCACUUUGAAUCUGCAGUUUGUCAGGACAAGUCACACAUCUGAUACUCAGGAUGUCUCGUCUGUAUUUCUUGUGUCUGUUGUCUCUGCUGUCUGUCACAUGGGCCCACCCACACCUCUCUGCAUGGUCACAUGACAUGGUCAACAUCAUCAAUAUGGCCAAGACCACCUGGACGGCUGGUGUGAACUUUCAGAAUGUGGAUUACAGUUAUCUAAAGUCACUCUGUGGAACUCUACUGAAAGGCCCCAGAUUACCUGAUACGGUGAAACACGCUACCAAUAUUAAACUGCCGGACAGUUUUGACCCGCGGAAGGAGUGGCCCUACUGUAAAACCCUCAAUCAGAUCCGAGAUCAGGGUUCCUGUGGGUCAUGCUGGGCGUUUGGAGCGGUUGAAGCCAUCUCAGAUCGCAUCUGCAUCUACAGCAAAGGCAACGUGUCCGUGGAGAUCUCGGCAGAAGACCUGCUGUCCUGCUGCGAUGAAUGUGGAUUCGGAUGUUCCGGAGGUUUUCCAGCAGAAGCGUGGAAUUACUGGACCAGUUCUGGUUUGGUGACUGGAGGACUCUACGACUCCAAUGUCGGCUGCAGACCGUACACUAUUCCUCCCUGUGAGCAUCAUGUUAACGGCACACGACCCCCGUGCUCAGGUGAACAGGACACACCUGAGUGUAAAGCUCAGUGCAUUUCACAGUACACCGUGCCCUACAAAAAAGACAAACACUUCGGCAUCAAAUCAUUCAACAUCCCCUCUGACCAGCAGCAGAUCAUGACCGAGUUAUACAACCACGGUCCAGUGGAGGCGGCCUUCACCGUCUAUGAAGACUUCUUGCUUUACAAGACAGGUGUAUACCAGCAUGUAACAGGGUCCGUUCUGGGCGGACACGCUGUGAAGAUCCUGGGCUGGGGAGAGGAGAACGGAACGCCGUACUGGCUGGUGGCAAACUCCUGGAACACUGACUGGGGCGACAAGGGUUAUUUUAAGAUUCUCAGAGGUAAAGAUGAAUGUGGGAUUGAGAGUGAAAUGGUGGCUGGUGUUCCGCAGCUGUGAGGACUGAAUGAACGGGCGCACAACGCAAAUGUUUAAUUGUACAUGUGCUGAACUGGAUUUUUGGUUUUGGUUUGAAAAUAUGUGGAAAUUUACAAAUUUGAGAAAUCAUGGAAAUCCAUUGGUCAAAAGUUGUAGGGACUCUAUUGAUUUGUUUAUUUUUUGUAACAUUUUUAUAAGAAUAUGAUUGGAUACCAUAAAGGGAAAUAAAUACUGUAUCUUUAUCUCAUUGUC